UUAAAACCUUAUUCAUGUCACCUUCAAGAACUACGUAAUAGCUACCAACUGGAUUACCUGGUGUCUUAAAAGCGAAAUGCCUGACAGAGGAAAUUGAGAAUUAAGAUGGAAGGCAGGGUUGGAUGACAGAAGACAUUAAAGCAUGAGUGGAUUUAAUUAAUCUCAGGAGAAUUGAUCUGCGUCUGAUUAUGGAUUCUGAAUGCUAAAGCAAGUAGUUUAAACUUAGAUGUUGCACGCGCCCGACGUGCAGGAGCAAUAAAAACGAUGAGACCAUUCAGAAAAUCGGAAUGCAGGUCACCAUGAUCCAACCAAACUGCUCUCCAACCAUGCUAUAAGUACUAGGAAAACUCGUGCGACAGCCAUUUCACUGGCAGAAGAAGCCAUGGGGCAGAAGCCGUCGUACCUCCUGCUGCUCGUCGGCCUCCUCGCCAUCGCCAUGCUCUGCGCCAGCCCGGGUCACGCGCUGCGCCAACUGAACGACGCCAACGGCGGUGGCCUCGAGUUCUCCUUGGGCUCCAAGGCGGCCGCGGCGGGGGCCAAGACCGAGCCGCUGGACCCGUCCCUGAGCGACGACUACGAGAACGAUACCAGCCACGUGGAGUUCGAGCCAGAGCUCGGCCGCGCGACGGCCGUCCCCGCCGCGACCACCGUCACCGUCACUGCCGCCGCGGGGCCGACCACGGAGCCUUUGACGUCCCGGAACGCCGCCGCCGCCGCCGGCAGCCACAGCAUGAGGUGGUGGCUGCCGCCGUCGACCUUGCCGUCGUUCCCGCUGUUCCCGACCCCCGGCGCCGGCGGCAUGCCCGCCAUCCCGGGGCUCCCGCUGCCCGGCAUGCCGUUCCACCCCAUCGGCGGCUGGGGCGCGCCCGCGCCUCCCGCCCCGUCGCAGCCGGCGCCUUCUGCCGCAGAGGCCGCCGCGAGCACGAACGCCAACGACCCCAACACUCGCGGAGGGGGCGUCAACUGACCAAACCUUGCUCUGCUUGCGUAUGCUGCGACGGCUACCGUUCAUUUUUUCAGUUUUUUUUCUCUAUUUUUAUUACUACUGCUACUCGUAUCGCCUCAAAUGCUGGGUCUAGAGCGUGAUUGAUACAUGUGGUUGUAUUGGAAACUCAUAAUCCAAGAGUCAAGAGAUGCGCACAAAACUUUUUCGUCUGAUA